AUGGAAUGUCUAAAACUUUUGGAAACCUUAGAUAUUUUUGGUUACGCUGGUAUUUGCGUAGGAACAGAAAAUUCACAGCUGUUACAAAAUUCCCUCGUAAUAUUGCAACAAGAGAAUCAUUUUCAAAAGUGUUAUUACUGGGGCAAAAUCUACGGAGUUCGAAAUGACUACCACAUUGCGUAUGGUUUUAAAAAAGACUGCAUGAACGACCAAGUAUACUAUUACAGUACGAACGGAUUUAAUUGGCUAUUACUACCGAAAGCUAAUAAAUGUGCACGAUUUUUAACACCCAUUGCAAUUAAUAAGUUCGAAGGUGAUCCUUCUAUAGUCACUAAUGUUUAUAACGUAAAUCCUCCUUUCCCGCCAAAUGAAGAUCCUAAACGAUACUACGACGGCCCUAUACCAAAAGAGUUAAAAGAGGAAGAUAGACUUGCGGCUACGAUAGAAAUAAUUAAAGAUGACGCCAUAAUAAUUCCUCGUGGUGCAUGGUUUAAGUGCCCCAAUGGGGACAUCGUUGAAAAUUUAAGUUUCGAGGGACUUGGUAGUGCAGAUGCUUCGCAUUUAAAAUCUUAUCUACAUGCACGUCCACCGCAACAAAAGUGGAAUACUAAUUUACUCACAAGGCCCGAUUACAAUUACGCGAUAGAUUUUCUGGAUACGAUUGAUGUAGAUGUCCCACAAGGAUGUUGGAAUUUGCAAUUUUUACUUGGUAAACGAUUAGCAAUUUUACAUAGUCUUUUUUGGCCCGGUAUGACGUUUUUCCAUAAAUUAAAUACUCCACACUACGGGUUUCUUUAUUAUGGACAUGGAAAAAAAAAUAUGGACGUAGUUUUUAUGGUAUAA